CGUGCUUACGCAGCACGCACGGCCGGGGGUGGGGCUGGCGGCGGAGGCGCGGGGCCUGCUCCGGCCGGCACCAUGGCCAAGACCGUGGCCUAUUUCUACGACCCCGACGUGGGCAACUUCCACUACGGGGCUGGGCACCCUAUGAAACCUCAUCGCCUGGCGUUGACCCAUAGCCUGGUCCUGCACUACGGCCUGUAUAAGAAGAUGAUCGUCUUCAAGCCAUAUCAGGCCUCUCAGCAUGACAUGUGCCGCUUCCACUCUGAGGACUACAUUGACUUCCUGCAGCGCGUCAGCCCCACCAACAUGCAAGGCUUCACCAAGAGCCUCAAUGCCUUCAAUGUGGGCGAUGACUGCCCAGUGUUCCCCGGGCUCUUCGAGUUCUGUUCCCGCUACACAGGUGCGUCUCUGCAAGGAGCAACACAGCUGAACAACAAGAUCUGUGAUAUUGCCAUUAACUGGGCUGGUGGUCUGCAUCAUGCCAAGAAAUUUGAGGCAUCUGGCUUCUGCUACGUCAAUGACAUUGUAAUUGGCAUCUUGGAACUGCUCAAGUACCACCCCCGCGUGCUCUACAUUGACAUCGACAUCCACCAUGGUGACGGUGUUCAGGAGGCCUUCUACCUCACCGACCGGGUCAUGACAGUGUCCUUCCACAAAUACGGAAAUUACUUCUUCCCUGGCACAGGUGACAUGUAUGAAGUAGGAGCAGAGAGUGGCCGCUACUACUGUCUGAAUGUGCCCCUGCGAGAUGGCAUUGAUGAUCAGAGUUACAAGCACCUUUUCCAACCAGUUAUCAACCAGGUGGUGGACUUCUACCAGCCCACAUGCAUUGUGCUCCAGUGUGGAGCCGACUCCCUGGGCUGUGACCGACUAGGCUGCUUCAACCUGAGCAUCCGGGGACAUGGAGAAUGUGUGGAAUAUGUCAAGAGCUUCAACAUCCCUCUACUGGUGCUAGGUGGAGGUGGCUAUACCGUCCGAAACGUGGCCCGCUGCUGGACAUACGAGACGUCGCUGCUGGUGGAAGAGGCCAUUAGUGAGGAGCUCCCCUAUAGUGAAUACUUCGAGUACUUUGCCCCGGACUUCACGCUGCAUCCAGAUGUCAGCACGCGCAUCGAGAAUCAGAACUCCCGGCAGUAUCUGGAUCAGAUCCGCCAAACCAUCUUUGAAAACCUGAAGAUGCUGAACCACGCGCCCAGUGUCCAGAUUCAUGAUGUACCUGCGGAUCUCCUGACCUAUGACAGGACGGACGAGGCAGAUGCUGAGGAGCGGGGACCUGAAGAGAACUACAGCAGGCCAGAGGCACCCAAUGAGUUCUACGAUGGAGACCAUGACAAUGACAAGGAAAGUGAUGUGGAGAUUUGAGAGCAGUUUGAGAUGCUGUGUUGAGAAACUCCUUUUCACUCUUGGUUCGAUGGGAGGGCAAGAGUGUGAGUCCCCUGGUGUUUUGACUGGCCGCUCCCAGGACAUUUGGGAACUCUGGAGAAGGGUUUGGAGACCACAGCUGGGUUUAGAACCAUCUAUCCCCUUCUAUUCUCUCUCCCACAACCUAAUGAUGGUACCUAUUAGGAGUGAGACAGGGACAGAAAUGUCUGGAACAUUUGGGCAGUGAGCCCUAGAGGCCAGUGCACAGCCCUUCUGGCCCCUUAACUUCCUCCCUGCUUCCCACCAGCCCGGAUAUUCUAGGGAUGAAAAGGUUUGGGACAUAGGUUGCCUCUGAUUUCUUCCUCUACCACAGGCCUGGACUACAAGGCAAGUGGUGGGGGCGCUGGGCUGGCCCAUAACAGCACAACCCCAGAUUACCAGGUUUGUGUUGAGUAGGGGGAGGAUAUGAAAAUGUCCUCACUUUUGGCUUUAUGUCCAUUUUACCACUGUUUUUAUCCAAUAAACCAAGUUGGUAUUUUUUCUACA